AUGCCAACCCUAAUUCCGGUCAUCUCCACGGAAUCACAGGCAUUUGCUCGUCUCACGCCUUCGGCGAAAAAGCAGUUCCGAAAGUUGGGAACGCUUUCAUGUAUCUCACUAAUUACCAACAAAAUGAUCGGUACCGGUCUUUUUAGUACACCAUCGAUUAUUUUUAAAUACUGUAACGGAAAUGUGCCCCUUUUUCUUUCGUUGUGGCUUUUGGGUGCAAUCAUUACUUUAUCUGGUCUCCUAAUCUACUUGGAGUAUGCAUUGAAGCUUCCAUUCAAGAAUGGUGGAGAAAAAAACUACUUGCUACGGGUAUUCCGGACCCCAAAAGGUUUGAGUGGAUGUAUUUACGCAUUUCAAAUUGUGUUUUUGGGUUUCAGUUCUGGCAAUCUGUUCGCAUUUGGUAAGUAUUUGUGGUACGCCAUUUCUGGCAACCAAGCUGAAUCGGAGGACAAUUGGCCUUCGAAACUCAUUGGUGUGGGUUGCAUUACAUUCUGUACGUGGCUUCAUAUCAGGCGGCCAAACCAGGGAACAGCUUUGUUCAAUUUCUUGGGAAUGUUUAAGAUCUUCAUCUUACUUCUCAUUAUAGGAAUUGGUUUUCUCGUAGCAGUGGGCCUCAUAACUGUGCCAAAAAGCACAGUCAGUCUUCCUUCUGACUUGAACGACAACAAUCUGUAUUCUGUGGCUGUGGCACUUCUAGAAGUGGUUUAUUCAUUCAAGGGGUGGGAAAAUGUAAACUAUGUUUUACAAGAGCUAGAGGACCCUUAUCGUGCGCUCACUUUCAUCGCACCGAUAUCUGUCAUCCAGGUGACGGCUUUGUACUUUUUGGUGGUGGUGAGUUACCUUAUAGUGAUUCCUAAACAAGAGCUCUUAUCGAGUGGUGUCUUGGUGGCAGGAAUUUUCUUUAACAAGGUCUUUGGUGAGUCUAUUACCUCCCGGUUGCUUCCUGUUCUUAUAUCAUUUCUGACUCUUGGGAACGUCAUGGUGGUGUCUUUUGCUCAUUCGCACGUCAAUCAGGAAUUGGCUCGUGAGAAUUAUCUCCCAUUUUCUCACUACUUCGAAGACAUCAAUCAUUCACUUAUUCUUCAUUGGUUCAUUACUGUGGUCAUCCUUGUGGGUCCCCCAAGCUCGGAGAUUUACGAAUUCGUCGUCAACUUAUACAUCUACCCAGGAACCUGGAUCAAUCUAUUCAUCACCAUUGGAAUCAUCUAUCUCAAGCUCAAUAGCGAUAAAGAACAGUGGAAUAUCCCUGAAUCUACAAUUUCGGAUGUUCCCGAGCCAGCUGAAGAGGAGACCGCUCCUGAACCUGCUACUACUGAAACCGCCUCUUUGUCCUCGCUGGCCUCGUCAGCAACUUCAAUCCAUAGCUACACAGUCGAUGCAGACGCAGACGCAGCAUCGGAUCAUAGUUAUACCGAGUUUGAUCUGCUUCUACUGCAAGCGUCUCGAGCCACCACCAAGCACCUGAAGACAUUCUCUGUGCCGUGGAUCUGCAUCCUUGUAUUCUUCGCUGCAAACUUAUUUCUUGCCGUUUUUCCAUUUGUUCCUCCUCCGACCGGCUCCAGAGAUCCGGGUUCAAUUCCGUAUUGGUGUUUCCCUACUGUAGGCACUGGAUGUCUAUUGAUGGGAGCAGUCUUCUUCUACGGUAGGAAAAGAUACUACAAGUUUAUGGGUUGGCAAGAGCCCUCCUACGAAGAGAAAAUUCUCUUUUAA